AUGCAUCCUGCGAAUUGUACUCUCCAGGAUGGUGUCGAGUGCAUAGUCCACUGGUAUGUCUGUUUGGACAUCCGGAUCCACUUUCGUUUAUUUUGGAACCCCCUGAAACAAUGGAAGGAGCAUGUUACGCCCUGCAACCAGGCCUGUGUAGAACUACCUCCAGAAUUAUUAAUAAAUUCCUCACCCGAUUCCACACCAUCGGCUGUACACAGCCCUCUCGCCCGUCCCUCCAUUUCGCCUAGCCGUCUGCUGUACAUGGUAGCCAGUGCGGAAUCCACAACCCAGCAUCCUAUCGCCUCAGCCAUUGUGCGGAUGCUGCGUACUAUUCAGUCUGCCUCGACCUCUGAGGAGGCGACCUGGGUCUCGGAAUUCGCCAAGGAAACCCAUCCUAGGAAGAAAGCCCUGGUUGGCUCUGUGAUUAAUCGAGCCGCUCCAAACUAUGUGUUGGAUUCUUUAAGUGGUGCCUUUUCUUUGCCUGUCUACAAAACAGCCCACAUCUAA